UGCAACUUCCUCAAAAAUGGGCAGAAGAAUUUCUAUUGGCUGAAGCAAGUUUUAUAACAAAUGCCUUCAGGAUCAUCGAUGUAAUGAUUCAACUAUGCAAAGACGAGCCUGACUGUAAGGUGCAUGUGGAUGAGAUUCUCCACAGCAUCUUCUUCUUAGGUUUCAUUCAUAAACCCCAACAAUUCACCCCCAAGGAUAUCCUUGGUGAACUUAUGCCUGCAUUGGAGGAGACUUUCCCGAGACCAUUUGAGAGUUACACAUGUAAACUGCCAAAACGCACUCCGUUCUCCUCUGUGCUGGAUAUGGUGGUCUCCUUGCUUGGACCAGACGAAGAGAUCGACAUACUGAAGAAUCUGCAGGAAAUCGCCAAAUACAUGUCGGACCCCGAAAUGAAAUAUCAAAUGCAAUCAAAUUUAUUUCUUUCAUUUAUAAAUCCCAGCCUAAAACCCCAAACAACAAGCAAUGCAGGUGUAGAAGCACGGGUGCUAGGAAAAUACCAGUUCACCUCCUCAACCAUCUGUGUCUCUCAAACGAAGGAAGUUCAAAGAAGUUACUAUGGAGUGUCCAUGUCCUGCAAUGGGAGGCAAGAAGGACAGAUCAUGGUUGCUGUGUCCUGUCUGCGUACCUGGAACUGCCGUGUAUCCAAUGCCGUGAUGACAUACGACCCAAACACCAAGGAGAAAAGAAAGAACUUUGACCACACCUUCGAACUACCAACGAAUGUCAGGUGCCAGGCUUUCAAUGUAAAGACUGGGAACGAGAUGCAUCCUUGCAAAUCAUGUCAUAAUCUGUUUGGCCUUGAGACAACGGAAACUAAGAUGUGGCCCUACGGGAACUGCGCCGAGGCAGAGAGCUUGAGCAAACUGUUCAAUGGAGAGACAUUUGAUGCUGGGCAAGUAGUAAAUGACGAGGUGCGAAGGCAGGUGAUACGGUCGGUAAGCACUGACCUGCAAAGAAAACUCGGGUCUAUUAAAUAUGUAUGGGAUGGUGACUAUUACAUUCCACAGUAGAUUGUCAAAGAUGAUGGUGAAGCACAUCCAUACACAUACGUACGAACACAUACAUACACACACAAGCACUUACACACUUUACACACACAUAUAUACACUCCUACUGCAACACACUG